UGCACAUCAAUGAGCCAGCGCUUCCUCUUUUAGCAAUUGCUGACCCUCUGGUUUCUCUUAUUCUUUUCCUCUCCAUUCCCACCUCUCUCUCCCCCUCUCUCUCUCUCUGUCUCUCCAUGGAUGCCAACUUCAGCCACCACCAAGAAGCCGACGACGGCGGCGCCACCGCAAAGAAGGCGGCGGAGAAGCCGAGUUCGGCAGCAGCGGCCAACAGGUUGCUGAUUUUGAUUAGCUUACUGGGGGCAGGGAUGCUGGUGUGGUGGGCCGCCGUCUUUCACCCGUCGAACCGCCAACUGUGGAUGGUCCCCCUCGGCCUCCUCCUCGCCGGCACCCCCGUCGUCGUAUUGCUCUCGGUUUUCGCCUCCGACGCCGGAGAUAAGUGAUUUGACUAGUACUGAGUUUGUAGGGAAAUAAUAAUGUAUGAAUUUCUACAAAGCUUAGUACCACAGACUUAGAAAUUUUGCUUAAAAAUUUGGAUACCUGAAACUUCAGGUAGCGAAGUUUCAGAAUAGAGACUUCGGACGGGGCUGAAACUUUUCUAAAUCUCUGACACUAGACUUGAUAUAGAAUAUUCGAGGAAUUAAAGUGAUAUCUCUUUCUUGUUUUU